AUGUCAGAUAAGCAGAAAGGUUUAGUGGAAGCUGUUGAAACUUUGUUACCGGAUGCUGAGCACAGAUUUUGCGUUUUGCAUUUGUACAAUAAUUUCAAACUGAGUCACAGAGGAUUGCGUUUGAAGGAAAUUUUGUGGAGAGCAGCAUCAUCAACAAGAAUUGUGGACUUCAAUGCAGCCAUGAAUGAGUUGAAGAAUGUCGAUAGUAAGGCAUUUCAGUGGUUGUCAGCUAGAUCACCUCAACAUUGGUCUAGAGCUUACUUUAGUACUUACUUGAAGUGCGAUAUGCUUCUUAACAACCUAUGUGAGAGCUUUAAUGGAAUGAUAAGAAAAGCUAGAGAAGAACCAAUAAUCUCGAUGCUUGAGUUGAUCAGAAUAAUGUUAAUGAGAAGAAUUCAUCGACAAAGGGACUUGGUCGGUAAAAGUAGUAGCAGAUUGUGUCCAAGAAUCCAACUAAAGCUGGAUGAACUCAAGAAAGAAGCCAUGGCGUAUAAUGUUGAGUGGAAUGGGCAUGAACAAUUUGAGGUGAUUGGUGCAUUUCAGGAAAAAAAUGUAGUACACUUGGGUGAAAAAACUUGUAGCUGUAGAAAGUGGAAUGUUUCAGGGAUACCUUGUAAACAUGCUAUUGCAGGUAUGUCUUAUAUGCACUAUCCACCUGAAGAGUUUGUGGUUGAUUGCUACAAAAAAGAGGUGUACUUGAAGGCUUAUUCGAGGAUGAUGAAGCCAAUGCAUGGCCCUGACGAGUGGCCAAACUCUAAUAGAAGCCCGCUACAUCCUCCUAUUGUGGAAAAGCUUCCAGGCAGACCGAAGAAGGCUAGAAAGAAGCAACUCGGUGAAGAAGUUGCAAAAAAUGGCAAAAAAAAAAACUAG